AGAAUGAUGAAAAUUUUCCGCUACCAAAAAUAAUUAGGCGCUGAGAAGCAAGAGGCAAUGAAGACCAGCUUUUGCCCAAGGUUCAGUAUUGGAUCUCUUCAUGCCAAGAAGAACUGAGCAGUAUUCAUCUUCCCACAAUCUGAAACAUUCAAAGAUCUAUACCUUAAUGCGAGUAGUGUGUGGGGCUACGGAGACCUUUCGCGGCGUAUAGGAGUGAUAAUCUGACUCAGACAGGGAUGGGUUGAAGAAUUACGGCGUAUAUGUACAAGCCCCGAGGCAGGUCAAGGGCUUGGCAUCCAUUUGAAGUUAUUUUACACCAUUUCGGCGAAUGAAAUGAAAAUGGACAUCUCAUAUACUCUCUCAUGGUGGAACAGAUUAGUGGCGUUGGUAUUCGUUUCUCCCUAGGUAAUUCAGCUUGUCCGGGGUAGCUACCCUCGUAGGGAGCUCCCUCGAAAAUCCUACGAGCUUUAACGAUAGUAAUGGCAUGAAUAUAAUAACUCAGUAGGUCGCGUAUCUCUAAUUGACCUAGAGAGCUUUUCAUUUUCAAGAUCAUUCUAUAAUUUCUACAGACGUAUAAGAAAAUGCAGAACUCACAAUAUGGGAGGCCAAAUUCGUGGCAAUCUCAGUACGGACAGCCUCAGUCAGGUGGUCUAGGUUCUAAUCUUCUUCAACAUAACAACUACGCACCUCCAUACCACCCAGCUUCUUCACCAUCAUCUCGGUCAAACAGUCCAUACCAACCGAAUCAACCCUACUACGGCGGCCCUCCUCAGACGGGUCCCUAUCCCCCGCCCCAGAAUCCACAAGUCUACAACCCAUAUCCCGCUCCGCCUCCGGGCUACAGCUACCUCCCACCACCUCCUCCGGGCCCGCCCGCGCAAGGCGGGUACCCAUAUGCCCAACCUCAGCACCAACACCAACCCCUCUCCCUCCUCCUAAAACGCGAACCCGACGGAUCAACCCUAGCCCUAACCGACCCCUCCGGCCGGCCCGUAUACCGCUGCAUCGACACGCACAAAUCCUCCAUGUCCACAUCCGCACGGCCAGACUACGUCAUCGUAUCCGGUACCAACCCCAACGACGAGGUCGGCGCGAUCCGAUACCAUCGAUGGGCCAGCACAUCACUCGACUACUGGGCUGUGCGUGGAGUGCCCAAUGGAAAUGAAUUUUGGAGUUGGCGUGUGGAUACUGCGGAUGCGGCAGCUGGUCACUGGAAGUGCUACCGCGCUGCGGACCUCGAGGGUGGGCGUGAUCCGAAGAUUGAUCACUUUUUGAUACCUAUCGCUUCGAUGACGUAUGAUUGGAAGCUGGGGAAGAAAGUAAGUGGUUGUGGUGGUGCUAGUUCUAGCGCAAGUGGAGGGAGAGAUGGAGGUGGCAUUGUGAUCGGCCGCUGUGACUUAUUUGAUGCUGGGUUGUUAUUAAACCCAGGACGAAGAGUAGAGAUGGAAGAGUUAGUCGUCACGGCAGUGGUGACUAUGGAUACGGCGGCGAAGUCAGUAGCGCGGGCUAAAGAAAGGGGCGAUGUUAAGGAUUGGGCGAAGUUUGCGAAGAGGUUAGAUACGAUCGCAGAUUUAGGAGGGUUUGAUGGUAGUGGUGGUGAUGGCGGUGGAGGAGCAGCGGGCGACGGUGGUGGUGGUGCCGUCGCUGGCUAGAGGCUAUCGUUACUUAUUAAUGUGGUAAGAUUAGAUCCUCGUAUCAGUGUGCUUUCUAUGAGUAUAUUCCGUUAGACAUAUAU